UGAUGGAUUCUAAAAAAUAAGCAAAGGGAUCAGAAUAAGUUUAAAAGAGUAGAGGUAAUAUUGAUAUGUUGAUUCGUACAAAAAAAGAAGAAUUAUAUACAAUCAAAUAGAAAAAUGAUUAAAAAUAAAAGGAAACAAGAGCAUAAGAAGAAUUUAAAAGAGCAGAAAGGGCAAAUAAAAUAGAAGAUGAAAGUAAAAAAGCUAAUUCUAAAAAUGCUGAAUUGGAAUAAGAAUGGUGUAAUUUAUAAGAGAAAGAUGAAUGUGAAGAACUUAAUAAAUUGAUAAACUAAUAGAAAGAUAAAUUUGGAUAAAUAAUGCAUGCUAAAGAUGAAUUAAUUAAAUAAUUUUUAGAUGAAUUGAAUAAGAAAGAUGAUGAUUUUGGUAAAAUGAUAAAAGAAUAAGCUAUUGAUAUAUAAACAUUAAUUUAGAAAAUGAGAUCAUAAUUUUUUUAAUUAAGAGAAUGUAUACAUGAAGAUCUUGAAUCUAUAGAAAAUGAAUAUAUAGAAGAAGUAUAAAUAUAUAAUAAUAAUUAAAUUAGAGAGCUAAUUUAUUGAAUAAUUAUUAAACUGAAAUAAGAAAUUUAUUUGAUAAAAGAACUGAAAAGGAAAAAUCAUUUGUUGAUGAAAGAGAAAGAAAAGAAGAAGAAUAUACAAAAGAUAUAGAAAAAUUAAGAAUUUAAGGAUUGAAAUCUUAUGCUGAACUCAAAAUCUCAAUGGAAACAGAAAUCUAAAAUCUAGAAAAGUGUUAUGAAGAUAUGAAAGCAUUAUAUUAAUUGAAUACUGAAAAAUUAGAUUAUAAUCUUAAAGUAUUAAAAGAAAAAUAAAUAUCACAUACACAUACACAUGAUGAUCUAAAAAGAAAAGAUUAAAAUUUAAAUAAUAGAUUAAGAAGUUUAAUUAAAGAUUAUAAUGAAUUUGAUACUAAAUUUAAAUAAACAAAUAAAGAAUUAACUUAAGAAUACAAACGUAUAACUAGAUAAUUUAAAGAAUUAUAAAGAAAAUUUAAACAUUUUGAUAAAGCUGAUUAAAAAGCUUAUGCUGAUAUUCAUUCCAUGAAUGAAUUAGAAGUUAGAAAACUUAAAGCAAAGAUUCUUAAAUGUGAUAAAACUAUACAUAUUUAAUAAUUAGGAGUUGAUUGGGAAGAACCAUAAGACUAAAAAGAAACUUAAGGUAUUUCUAUUUAUAUUAAUUUAUAGAAAAAUCUUAAAUUAUGGCAGAAGAAGAAGUUUAAUUGCCUUUAAGUGAAGAAAAAUUAUAAGAAAUAGUUGAAAUAUUAAUUGAAGAAGUUGAUUUCUUGAUUGAUGAUAAAAUGAGAGAAACCUUAGAAAAAGCAGAAUAAUAAGAGAUUUCUAGUGUUAAAUUAGGAGUUAUAAAGAAAUGUCUUAAUAUUGAUUCAAUAGAUGAAAUGCUUAUAUUUAUUGAUGAAUUAAUUAAAAAUUGUGAAUUAAAAGUAUAAGAAGAACAACCAUAAUAAGAAGCUGUUACUGAAGCUAUUAAAAAGGUUUAAAUUGAAUAACCUUAAACUGUUCCAGAUGAAGCUCCUAAAAUUAAUUAUGAAACAUUUAUUUUAAAUUAAAAUAGCAUAAUUAACUUUUUGAUGCAUUGGAUGAAAACUAAUGAAUAGAGAAAGAAACAAAUUGAAAAAAUGUCAUCAAGAAGAGCAGCUAAAUAAGAAACUGAAAGAUAAAAAAAAGAGAGAAUAGCAAAAGAAGGUAAAAAGUAUUGGGAAAAAUUAACUCAAGUUCUACCUGAAAAAACAUUUAGAGUUUGGAGAAUUCUAGAUAAAUAACUAAGCAAAUAUUAUGAAUUACUUCUAAAAAGAUCUAAAUUAGUAGAAGAAACAGGAUAAAUUCAUAAUCAUAAUGAAGAAUUAAAAAAUCUACUCAAUUAAUAUUUAUAAGUAUCUCAUGAUAUUUAAAUUAGAUUAAUCAUGAAUUAAAAAUACCUCCUACAAGAUUUUUAAAGUUGGAAUAAUAAUAAGAUAAUGUCAAAUUGCAAAAUAGCAAAUGA